AACUGCAUAGCUCCGGCUGCCAGAUCGGCCGGAUCCUGCCUCGCCGGGAUCUGAUUGCCUAUCAACUGAUGCCUCGCGUUUUGGUUUUUCUCGGCUGACUCACUUUGCGACAAAAAAAUCGAGGGAAAGAUGAAAGGAUGGGAAUCACCAUUGUUAAUCUGUAGCUCGUUCUGUUGAUUGAAAACUUUUACCUCGUUUGUUGCUGGUCAAGUGAGAAAAGGUGAGUCAAGAUCUAAUCUCCUGAUCCCAGGCUGAGGGAAUGGCAAACACUGCCUCCUUUAUAAUCGUGAGUAGGAACGACACUCCCAUCUAUGAAGCUGAAGUUGGAUCUGCUGCCAAAAGAGAAGAUGCCGCUCAAUUGCACCAAUUUAUACUGCACGCGGCUUUGGAUGUUGUCCAGGACCUUGCAUGGACUACUAGUGCAAUGUUCUUGAAGUCAGUGGACAGGUUUAAUGAUCUGGUGGUGUCGGUGUAUGUUACUGCUGGCCAUACGCGAUUUAUGCUCCUCCAUGAUUCCCGUAAUGAGGACGGCAUCAAGAGCUUCUUCCAGGAGGUGCAUGAGCUUUAUAUAAAGAUUCUUCUCAAUCCUUUGUAUUUGCCCGGUUCCCGCAUCGUCUCAUCGCAUUUCGACACAAAGGUUCGUGCUCUUGCAAGAAAGUACCUAUAGAGAGAGACAGGGGUUACGGUGACGGAUUCAGACGCUACACAGUGUCACAGCAAUGGGAAAUGGUAAAGCAAAAUCAUUCAUCACAAGCACAAGUUUUGAAGGGAAGAAGACGAAGGGAUCCUGUGAGAAAGAAUCUUCUUGUUCUCGUAAACUUUGUACCAAUUGGAAACGCCAAUCGUUCCACGCAACCGAAGAAGACAUGUUGUGUUCUUUGUUAGUUGUUCCAUACUAUUUCGGUUCUUUUAUUUUUUUAUUUUUAUGGUCAAAACAGAUAUGGGUGAUCUGAUCAACCUAAUAA